ACGUAUUGACCGAACUCGAAGACGAAACCGAGGACGUGCUGCCGUGCUUCAGCUUCCUCCAUUUUCCACCUUUACCUUCUCCGCCUUUGACGACCAGCAAGGGAAGUUCGAAAGGAGCAGCCGAGCCAGCAUCUGAGAUUUGAUCGUUAUUCUCUCGGCUAGAAUUACACCAAGAUUACUUUUGCAGCAUGGAAGCUUCGAACUUAGCACUUCAACAAUUGAAGAUUUCGGGUGUUCAUCAACAAAGAAUUAGAAAGUAUUCAUUAUUGCCUGGGAAACGAGAUGCUUCCUUUGGCAAUAUGACACCUACACUGUUUUAUCCAGAUAAAAAAUCAAGAAGGGUUAAUAAAUCAUCUGAUAUAGCUUCUCUUUCAUGUCAUGCUUCAACUAAUAAGGAGAAUGCGGUAAAGCUCAACAAUAAUUUGUCAAUUAUGAAGAGAAAAUGUACAGAAAAUACAUAUGGUUCAACAGAAGUAUGCUCAUUUAGUGAAAGUAUCCAAAAUAUUUCUUCAAAUACUGUACAUGAAAAAGUUGGAGUGUUGCUGCUGAAUCUUGGAGGUCCAGAGACUCUUGACGAUGUUCAACCAUUUCUAUUCAAUCUGUUUGCUGAUCCUGAUAUAAUCAGGCUUCCCAGACUUUUCCGUUUUCUUCAAAAGCCCUUGGCCAAGCUAAUCUCAACUUUUAGAGCUCCAAAGAGUAAAGAAGCUUAUGCUUCUAUUGGUGGUGGGUCGCCUCUGAGAAAGAUUACAGAUGAGCAGGCACAAGCACUAAAAAAUGCCUUGGAAGACAAAGGUUUGCAUGCAAAUGUGUUUGUUGCAAUGCGAUAUUGGCAUCCAUUUACAGAAGAAGCUAUUCAUCAGAUAAAGCGGGAUGACAUUACAAAGCUUGUUAUUCUACCAUUAUAUCCUCAGUUCUCCAUAUCAACAAGCGGGUCAAGCAUCCGUGUACUUAAUAGUAUCUUCAGGGAAGAUGGUUAUUUUACGAGAGUGGCUAUCUCUGUAAUAGAAUCAUGGUAUCAACGUGAGGGUUAUAUAAGAUCGAUGGCUGAUUUGAUAGAGAAGGAAUUAUCAAAAUUUUCUAAACCUGAAGAGGUCAUGAUAUUCUUCAGUGCACAUGGAGUUCCACUUAGCUAUGUUGAGGACGCUGGAGAUCCUUACAGAGAUCAAAUGGAGGAUUGUAUUAGUUUGAUAAUGGAUGAGUUGAAGUCAAGGAGAGUCAUGAAUAACCACACUCUGGCCUAUCAGAGCCGAGUUGGACCCGUUCAGUGGCUGAAACCUUACACUGAUGAAGUCAUAGUCGAGCUUGGUCAGAAAGGUGUUCAGAGUCUUCUCACUGUUCCAAUAAGCUUUGUUAGUGAACACAUUGAAACUUUGGAAGAAAUUGACAUGGAAUACAAGCACUUGGCUUUAGAAUCUGGCAUCAAAAACUGGGGUAGAGUGCCUGCUUUGGGUUGCACUUCUUCCUUCAUUUCAGAUUUAGCUGAUGCUGUCAUUGAGGCCAUUCCUUCUGCUACUGCUAUAUCAGCUGAAAGGAGCCAUAUCAACCUUGCUGAGAAAGAUCCCCUGAACUAUAUUCUUAGCUUAUUUUUGGGAUCUUUUUUAGCCUUUUUCUUACUAUUGUCACCUAGAGCGUUCUCUUUGUUCAAGAACAACCUCCUUUAACAAAAUUCUGCUGGGAUCCUUCAAGAUUUUUACACAAUACCAUUUUCAGAUGGACAAGAUCGUAUUCUUUAUAAAGAAAUUUAUAGUAGUUGCCAACAUAGUAAGUGGCAAACAAAAGCACCAGACUAUAGGGAUAGAUAUAGAUAUCAGCAACAACAAUGCAGGCUUUCUUAUAAAAUAGAAGUUCAAGGUUCUUGUAAUUGUCAUUAUGAUUUAGAAUGAAAAUAUGAUGUUUUGUUUGGCUUUUUCCUUUUUUUGC